UAGAAAUUGGAAUCGUAGGAAACGUUUUAAAUGUUUUCAUAUAUAGCCUACACAUUUCAUUUGAGAACUCGUUAAUAAUUUAUGGAUUAAUUUUUAUGUCGAUAUUAUGGAUUAUUUUUAUUUGGGAGUUCUUAUUAAUAACGUUGAUUAAAAUUGCGAACUUAAAAAGGAAGGAAAUAAAAAAAUGGUAUUUUUACAAUCGAAUCAUUUCUGAAGGAGAACAACAACGAGCAAUGAUAUCAAGAAUAUUUGACGAUAUUUCCAAUCUCCGCCCAUAUCUUUUACAUCUCUAUAAACCUUUAGGAGUCGAUGUUAUAACGUUUAAAAGAUGUUUCAUUGCAAGAUUAACAACAAUCGAAAACUCAUUUCGUUACAUCCUCUUUUUAAUAACAUGCGUUUUUCUCCUACAUUUAAUAAUAACCUCAAAUCGAAAUGAUUUAAUCCAAAAACAUAAUGAGCAUUUAACGAGUUUAAUUAAUAAUAACAACGGAAGAAAUUUCUUGGAUAUAAACACCUUAAAAGACUUUCAAAGUUACAUUUACGUUUUAAUGAAUACUUUGCAAUCAAAAAUUUGGUAUGGCGAGUUCGAAGUUGUUGAUAAUCAUCUUAUAACAGAUUUUAAUACGAAAUAUCUUGGAUCUCCAACGAUUAGGGUAAUAAUUGUGCGAGGUAGAAAGGCGAGUAAUGUUUCGAAAAAAUUUAACGUCACAAAAAUUUAUCCCGAGUACUCAAUUUAUUUUGAAAAAAUCAAAAAUUUGAAUCAAUCUAAUUCGAGUUACUUUUUCUCAAAUGAUAGUAAACGCAAAAGUUAUUCGGGGGAUUUAAAUACUUACCCUGGAGGAGGAUUUAUGACUUCUUUAAACGUAAAUGAAACGGAUACAAAUUUAAUUAAACAAAAAGGGAAAGAAUGGUGGAUGGAAUCUUUUACACGAGCAAUUUUUAUCGAAUUUUUCACCUAUAACAACAACGUUAAUUUAUUUAGCGAUAUAAAAAUAAUUAUUGAAAGGAGCCCAACUGGUUUAACAAUUCCUUCGAUUCGAAUCAUUUCGAACAGUUUAAAUUACAGAGAAGUUAAACAAAUCCUUUUUAUGAAAAUUUCGAGGUUUGCGUAA